UGAGGGACAUGGCGCAAAGCGUGGCGAACGCAUUCCCUGUGCAGAGACCUGGGACGGCGGAAGAUGGGGAGGCGGGGGACAUUGGGGAAGGUAUCUACUACCAAGAAGAAGAGCUUCUCGUCCUGUCGCCUGAGUGGGCGCGUCACUUUCGAGAACGUUUUCGAGCCCGCAAGGCAGGGGCGAAACGGGGUGAGCAGGGGGGUUAG